AUGCUUGCUACUAACAAAAUCCAAUGUGAUGUCCGUCAUUNUGAUGAGAACAUACGAAUCAAAUAUUCGAUUGGCUUCAAAGCCGAAUUUCUAGAUGUUCAAGUAGAAAAUCAUCGUGGAUCAUUGAAAACAGCCGUCUAUCGGAAGCCAGCAGCUGAGCCUUAUAUACUGCUGUAUGCAUCUGAUCAUUCGUGUCAUGUACACGUUAACAUACCGACGAAAUAUUAUGCCUAUACAGGUUCACUUGCGAGAGAUGUACGUGUCAUGAUUACAACACUGUGCAAUCCAUCAUUGAAUGAACUCUUUGUUCGGAAGAAGCCACUUGCAUCGUUCUUGACUAAGAUGGAAACAUCGUUGGAAACGGAACAUGGACAGAAAAUAUUAGGAGGAGGAGGAGAAGGAGGAAAAGAAACACUUGUUGUUGAUAUUUUUCGAAUUGUAAGUGUUCGUUUCUGAGAUGGAAAUAAACAAGACGCAUCAACAGAGACUCCAUCGAUGACUGUCAACAGUCAGUUCUGCUAUUCGCCAAUGUAUCGAAGAUAUUUUGGCCUAACACCUCCAAAUCCACGGCUAUGUAAUCAUCGAUUAUUAGAGGAUUAUAUGGAGGAGGAAGAAAUGCCAUGGACAUGGAUUGAUGUUGGCAAUGCACGUGAACGGCGCGAACAAGGCGAGCAAGAGGCCAAAGAUGAAGCAAGCAGAUUGACUUCUCGUUCCUCACCAUCAAGCAAGCAAACAUCAAUGAUGGCUCGUCUUGGAGAUGGAUAUUAA